GAAAGAAACGGAGGAGACAGAAGAAACUAAUUCCACACACAAAUCUACUAUAGAAUCCUGAGAGUUGUAGUUUUACAGAGUUAGUGAAUAUCUGACCUUUGAACUCGAGUCAAAACAAAUAUGUACCUGCCCUUUGGAAGGAUUGAGCCAUAAGUUCCCAUUUCACCGUUAGUCGGAAAAAGCGGCUCACCAUUUCCCGAAAAUGGCAAGCGUCACCUUCUUGCUUGCGGUGUGUCUCCUGGGCUCCGUUUUCCACGCCAAAUGUGCAGUUUUUAUCAACCAGGAGGCAGCAAGCAAUGUUUUGUACAGGUAUAAAAGGCACAAUUCUGGAUUUCUGGAGGAGAUCCGUCAAGGAAACCUUGAACGUGAAUGUAUCGAAGAAAUUUGCGAUUAUGAAGAAGCGAGGGAAGUCUUUGAGGACGACAAGAAAACGGUCGAAUUUUGGAAGGUAUACAGAGGCCACUAUGCCAACCCAUGUACAUGGCAUCUCUGCCUGAACGGAGGGCGGUGUCAUGUUGAAAACAGUGACUACGUUUGUGCCUGCCGGGCUGGUUAUGAAGGAAAGAACUGUGAGAUAGAUACUUCCUGCUCAACAAACAAUGGGGGUUGCAAACAGAUCUGCAAGAAUGGACCAACGGGGAAAGCAACCUGCUCCUGUGCUCCUGGCUAUAGAUUGGAGGAAGAUCAGAAGUCUUGUGAACCAACAGUGCCUUUCCCAUGUGGAAAGAUCACCGCUCCAGAGGUAACAGGGCAUACGUCCUCCCAGGCAUCAUCAAAUGCAACUGCUGCCCACAAGGAACCGUUGGACAACAUGACUCAGAUGGUUCUCCCACCAUCCAGACCCAAGAGGGAAGUUGCCAACAUGAACAGCCUGAAAGGCGAAGUUCCGUGGCAGGUGUCCAUGUACAGCUUUGAGCGGAAAGGGUUCUGCGGAGGGACUAUCAUCGCCGAAAAGUGGGUCGUCACCGCAGCGCAUUGUUUGGCACAGCAGCCACAUACCAUCGUGGCAGGUGAAUAUAACGUAGACGUUUUCGAACACACAGAACAACUACGUCGCAUCGAUAGGAUGAUCCCGCAUCCUGCAUACAAUGCCAGCAACAAAUACCAGCACGAUAUUGCCCUCCUGGAGCUGGAUUCGCCACUGAAAUGGAGCUCUUAUAUCACCCCAAUUUGCCUGGCAGACAAACGAUUCACUGACCGCCUCCUGGAACAUGGACCCGGCACUGUGAGCGGCUGGUGGAAGCUGGCAGACCAGCGGAGGUUACCAAGCAUCCUCCAAAUUCUGCAAGUUGACCAAGCUAUGUGUCCGAACAGCACUCAGCAUAGUAUCGUGCCAAACACUUUCUGUGGCAAAAGUCCCGACAAUACUAGGAAGAUCCACCAAGGAGAUAGUGGUGGACCUUACACCACAGACAUUAAAGGCACCCGGUUUCUAACAGCCAUAACUGCCUGUGGGGAGCCGUGCGCCGGAGAAGACAAAUACAGCGUUUACACCAGAGUAGGGGACUACCUUCAGUGGAUCAGAAAUGAGACAGGGCUUCCCUAUUCAAAGCAUGUUUGUUUGAUAAAGACCAAAAUAGCGGAACAGUUUGUUACAGCUCGAAUCCUGAAAUACUCCAUUCUCUUCUAUACUAAAUCCAUUCACUUGGAGCAACUCACAUUCCCUGGCUCCAUGAAUGCUUUGCAUGAAAAGCUUGCCUCAUUUGAGCCCAAAACAAAGCAAAUAUGUACUUGCACUUUGGAACGAAUUGAUCCAGAGGAUCUCAUUCACUACUCAUUAGCAAAGCCGCUGGGCUCUUUUAAGAAAAUGGCAAACCACAUCUUCGUCCUUCUCAUUUGUCUCCUGGUGGACUCGUUUCUCUUCUCUGAAUGUGCAGUUUUUAUCAAUCCAGAUGAGGCGAGCAACGUUUUGCAGCGAUAUAAAAGGUACAACACCGGGAGGCUGGAAGAGUUUGUCCAAGGAAACCUGGAGCGCGAAUGCAUAGAGGAAACAUGCAGCUACGAGGAAGCGAGAGAAGUCUUCGAGAAUGAGGAGAAAACGAUGGCAUUUUGGAAGGUGUAUCUUGAUGGAGAUCAGUGCAUAUCAAACCCUUGCAAAAAUGGAGGCCGGUGUGAAGACGAUGUUAGUAACUACAUUUGCUGGUGUCCAGCAGGUUACGAAGGAAGGAACUGCGAAUUAGAUGCUACCUGUUCAACAAAGAACGGAGGCUGCAAGCAGUUUUGCAAGAACAACGCAGCUGGGAUUGCCGUGUGUUCCUGCGCUCCUGGGUAUAAGCUCAAGGCCGACCAGAGGAGCUGUGAACCAACAGUGCCUUUUCCAUGUGGAAAGAUUACAGCUCCCGAAGCCAAGAAAAAACUCACCCGCUCUUCCAUCACAUUUGACAACUGGGUCUCCACAAAUGCCACCAGCGAUGACCUGGAAGGAGAGGAAUCUGACAAUACGACCCAGAUUCAGUGGAAGGAAGCCUUCCGCAACCGGGUCGUCGGAGGCACAGACAGCAAGAAAGGCGAAGUUCCCUGGCAGGUUUAUUUGCUCAACAUUGAGAAGAGAGGGAUCUGUGGAGGCUCCAUCAUCAAUGAAAAGUGGAUUGUCACAGCUGCACACUGCCUGGAGCUUGAGCCCCGAACUGUUGUGGCAGGGGAACACAAUGUGAAAGCCGAGGACCACACGGAACAAUCCCGCCAGGUGGCGAGGGCAAUCCCUCACCCGAUGUACAACGAGAGCAACAAAUACCACAAUGACAUUGCCCUCCUCGAGUUGGCGUCUCCACUGGAGUUUAACCAUUAUGUCACUCCAAUUUGCAUUGGGGACAAAGAGUUCACCAACAACCUCCUGAAGCACGGACUGGGCACCGUGAGCGGAUGGGGCAAGUUACACUUCCAAGGGCGAGAGGCCAGCAUCCUCCAGGUCCUGACCGUGCAGUACAUCGACCGGCCAACCUGUUUGAGGAGCUCUCGGUACCCCAUCUUGCCUAGCAUGUUCUGCGCAGGUCAACCAGGUGAAGCCAAGGAUACCUGUCAAGGGGACAGUGGUGGACCCCAUGCCACGGACAUUGAGGACACUUGGUUCCUCACUGGGAUCACCAGCUGGGGGGAACAGUGUGCCAAAAAGGACAAAUACGGCAUUUACACCAGGGUUGCAAGAUAUGUCAAAUGGAUACGAAAUACCACAAGGAUUAUGCACAGCUAGGCUCAUUUGAAAAUGGAGGAAGUUGGGGCGAGGAAACCAUUUUUCCAUUUUCUUUUUCCAAAGUUUUUUCUUUCUAAAAUGAAGAAGGAAUGUUUAAGACAAGGUCUGCACACCGUUGCAUAAGAGGAUGACUUUUGUGUAAAUCUAUGUAUAGUAUCAGAUCAUUACAAUUCUCGGUCUUGGGUUUGCUUUAUCUUUCUAAAAGGGAAAUCUAGUGGAGAUAAAAUAAUUUUGUUUGACUUGAUUUCUCCUGUUUUUAAUGGACUGUAUUUUCCCCAUUCUUCACAAACUGGCAAAACAAAAGAUGUUCCUUACAGAACAGGACCCUGUAAGUCCAUUUGUAACAAAAAAAUAAACACUAAAGUACAUUCAGUUCAUAAUUAUUUGCUGAAUAAACUCUAUUUUUAAUGAAA